UCAUCAAUCUCCGGCCCUCUCUCUCCUUGAGACUGAGCACCAUGCCUUCAAUUAAGUUGCAGAAGUCUGAUGGAGAGAUAUUUGAAGUUGAUGUUGAAAUUGCCAAACAAUCUGUGACUAUCAAGACCAUGUUAGAAGAUUUGGGAAUGGACGAUGAAGACGAUGAUGACCCAGUUCCUCUACCAAAUGUUAAUGCAGCAAUAUUAAAAAAGGUCAUUCAGUGGUGCACCCACCAUAAGGAUGACCCUCCUCUUUCUGAGGAUGAUGAGAACUUAGAAAAGCAAACAGAUGAUAUCCCUGUAUGGGACCAAGAAUUCCCCAAAGAUGACCAAGGAACACUUUUUGAACUUAUUCUGGCUGCAAACUAUUUAGACAUCAAAGGUUUGCUUGAUAUUACAUGCAAGACCGUUGCCAAUAUGAUCAAGGGGAAAACUCCUGAAGAGAUUCGCAAGACCUUCAAUAUCAAAAAUGACUUUACUGAAGAAGAGGAAGCCCAGGUUCACAAAGAAAACCAGUGGUGAAGAGAAGUGAAAAGUUGUGCCUGACACUGUAACACUGUAAGGAUUGUUCCAAAUACUAGUUGCACUGCUCUGUUUAUAAUUGUUAAUAUUAGACAAACAGUAGACAAAUGCAGCAGCAAAUCAGUUGUAUUAGCAGAAUAUUGUCCUCAUUGCAUGUGUAGUCUGGGUACAGGUUCCAAACCUAUGGCUGAGUUUCUUCCAGUAUGAUCAAAAGUUUCUUUUUUCUUUGCUCUGAAUAAAACUGAAGUGUAAG